UUCGUCUAGAAACUGCCCGCUGCCCGUUUCACGUCGUUUGACAAUCUGUCAACUCAUCGGGAACAUUUCGUUUGUACCUUAUUUAUCUAAUAAAAUGGCAUCUGCUGUGUGUGUACUUUUGGGGGAAACCGUGAAAGGCGUCCUACAUUUUGACCAACAGGGAGAUGUUGUUAAUGUUAAGGGAGAAGUAACUGGACUUACUCCUGGUGACCAUGGAUUCCAUGUUCAUGAGUUUGGUGACUACACUAAUGGUUGCAUGUCUGCUGGACCUCACUUUAACCCAACUGCUGUUGAACAUGGUGGUCCAACUGAUGAAGUUCGUCAUGUAGGAGAUCUCGGAAACAUUGUUGCAAAUGAAUCUGGAGUUGCCACUGUCGACAUCAAGGACUGCUUGCUGUCCAUAUCUGGUGUCAAUGGAAUAAUUGGCAGGACAGUUGUGGUACAUGCUGAUCCUGAUGAUUUUGGUAAGGGUGGACAUGAACUGAGUAAAGUCACUGGAAAUGCUGGCGCUCGCGUUGCUUGUGGCAUUAUUGGCAUCGGUAAAUGACUAUCACCGGUUGCAAAUUCUAUGAACAAGUUAUAGUACAUCAUACACAUCCCCUUGGCAUUAAAUGUAUCAGGGCCCUUAACUCAAAUAUUGUUGGUCACCUCUUAUAUUCCCCUUAAAUUGUCACAAAUCUGGAUUAAUAAGAAAUUAUAUCUAUCCUUGAA